GUAGAACUGACAUCUGAGAAGCUACAGGAACGCCUGGCUACAGGUGCCCGUGUGGCACAACUUGAGCUAAAGGGCGAGCGCUUGCAUUUCAGACUGUUGGAGGGUCAGGGUCCUCAAACCGGCUGGGCAUCACUGAAGCUAAAGGAAAAGCUGUUGCUGAAGCCAUGUUCAGACGAACUUCCAAAGGAAGUCACAUCAGAUCUCCCGUCCCUUUUCGGUGGCUUUCGCGGCAUAGAACGCAUGGCUUUGCCUCCACAUGUGCGACUACGAGUGGCUACGAUCAGUGACAUCCAUGUGGACCAGAAGGCCAACAUGGAAUGGUUUCAGAAGCACCUGCCAAAGAAGUCGCCAGAGACCUUCAAUGUCCUGGUACUGCCAGGAGAUGUUUCGGAUGACCUGGAGGUCUUCAAAGAAGCCAUGAAGAUGUUUACGGCCAGUUUUGACCUGGUGUGCUAUACUCCUGGGAAUCAUGAUCUUUGGCUAAGGAAGAAAGGCCACCUGGAUAGUUUACAGAAGCUGCGCAGCCUCUACGGCCUUUGUGAUGCCUUGGGCGUUCGCGUGGGCCCUGUGCAACUGGAGUGCGGCUCUAGAAAGGUGAUGCUAGUUCCUUUGCUCUCGUUCUACACCUCCGACUGGGACAAAGAGCCCGAGCUGCCAUGGUGUCCAGAGCAGCAGAAGGAAAUGGUGGCCUGGAUGGACUUUCGCGUGAUGAAAUGGCCACAGGAGAUUCAGCAGGAGGUGGUGCGUCGGGAAGGGCGCUUCCAAUUUGGAAAGGAAGGGACCUCCAAGACUCUCAGUGAGCUUUUCGCCCAGAUGAACGAGCCGGUGCUGGAUGAGGUCGGCGCAAUGGAAGGAACAAUUUUCUCCUUCUCCCACUAUUUGCCCCGACAGGAAUUGUUUCCGGAAAAGCGUUUCUUGCUGGAUUCCUGUCUUCACAAAGUGUCCGGUUCCAUGGCAUUGGAAGAACAGAUUCGUCGCUUGAAGCCCGCUGUGCACAUCUUCGGGCACACACAUCUCACAGUGGACCUGGUUUUGGAAGACCAGCGGUAUCUACAGUGGGCUUUGGGCGCGCCACGUGAACAAGCCGCCAUGAGUCGGGCGGUUGCUGACACCGGCCUGUUGGUGCUGUAUGAUUCUGACUCAGAUCAUCCAGUUGUACCAGUGCAGGAGACCUUUUGGGGACGCUACUUCAACGCCGGCAAGCGCGACCCGCAGCAGAUGUGCCCCGCUCCAUUCGUCCGGAAGUAUUUCGCCCAGAUGUUUAAGGAUGUGAAGCUGCCAUACGACGAUGUCUUCUUUCAGACGACGCCAAACCCAGGGAGUCCCAUCGAGAGUUACGAUGGCCUUUUUGAGCCACGCUGGCGCAUGUGA